AUGUUUGCUAGCGGUGUUAGAAUGUUUCUAGCGGCUGUUCUGCUGAUGGCAAGUGCUGCUUCAGGGUUCCUGUUCAAUUUCAAUCAAAACCAGCAACAGCAGGAGCAAAAGGCUCCACAAUCGUUCGAAGACAAAUACCUGAACUCUGAAUGCGGGGGAUAUCUGUGUACAGACACGUUGGAGUGUGUUCCACAGCCUAAGGACUGUCCCUGCCCUUUUCCAAGCUCACAGCUCAAAUGCAUACUGCCUCAUGAUCGGUACGUAUGCAUAUCCAAGCCGGCUACUCACGAUGAUAAACUAAAUGCGAUUUACGACGAUCCAGUCAAAGGUCCCAAGGCCAAGAUCAAGGGUAUGAGAGACUGCGGUUGGGUCUCGGAAGCUUAUAAAGAUCUAGUAUGA